CAAUUACGCCCGAGUGGGGAUCAAAGUCAAGUCAAGUGAGUUCAAGUGACAACAACAAAAAUGUUCUUGAUUGGCUUGCCUGUGCUUCUGUUGUUGUGCUUCAACUAAUCUACAAAUAUUGACGUAGCGCAUUCCCAGCUACCCGAUUCUUCCUAAUUCUGACAUGACCCAACAAUCAUUCAAUCCCAUCCAUCCCUUCAUAGACUCCCCAUGUCCCACGAUUAGACAAGCCCAAAACCCUCAAGUGUGAUAGCAACCAAGUGUGUUCAAGGACUCCCCCCCAUCCCUUUCGACACCCUUGCGUACUAGUGUCAUCAAGGUUAUCCCCGUCGUCGUCGUGAAGAAAGGACAGGAAAAAAAAAGAAACGAAAAAAAGGGCAAUAAAACUCUUAUGUCGUGAGCUCAAUAUGGCUUCACAACCCAGCUGAAGAAUAAUAACGAGAAUGUAGAAUGCAUGCUGUUAACCUGUGCCGAAAAGAAAGAACCCAAAACAAGAUAACCCGUAAUUGCAUUUGCCAAACUCCGAACCAAUGUCGCCAAACUUUGUCGUCGAAUAUUCAGAUGGGAGUUUUUUCUGCCGAAAACCUGCGCCAACAACACCUAAGCCAAAUCAAAUCCUAGCACGCUUUGAUGGGCCGGCCACAGGCAGAGGCUCUGCAGACCGUUUCUGGCUGGUGGUCGUGGGGGAAACGCCAGCCUUGGUUUGGCGCCAGCCCUUAAUGGUGGCUUGCUUGCUGGCUUGCUUGCCCCUCGACGCCGCUGUUGGCGUGGCCUUCUUGCGAGUGGCACGCACUGUGGUGGGCGGCGAGGCUGGAGCAAAACGCGGGGCCUCGGGCGUACCGGGAACCUUCUCGACUGCUUCGGCUGGGGUGAUUGGGAGAGUUUGGGCGGCUUCCUCAACCACGUGGUCCUCGAUGUCAGUCUCCGCCUCUUCAUCUUCAAUCGAGAUGGCGGGCACAUCGGGCUUGGCAACAGGGAAGAGGAGUCUGGGCUUGACACUGGCGCGGGUGAGUCUUCUCACGGGCGCCUCGACAGCACUUUCCAAACCACCCUCGAUAUUCUCUGAGGCGCGCUUCUUGAAGAGGUGGAAUUGCUUCUUGCCACGGCUGUUUCUUGUGUUAGCCGAGUGCACUGAUGAGAACACAAACAGGGAGCGACGACUUACAAUACGGUGACCAAACCAUCCUCGCGCUGAAUGGCCUCUUCAAUUGUGAUCUGGCCUUCGCCGGGAACACUGACCAUCUGGCGCUGGCUGCGGCGAGGAGCCGAGGGGGCAGGGGCCCUUGAGGGCUCGACAUAGAAGGGGUUGUCAAUGCUGCGGUCGACCUCGGGAAUGCGCUCAUGCGAGUCGACGUGGAUAUGGAACGACUCAUCCGAGCCUUGCUCAGUGAAGCUGUCCAACGUGUGGGCCUGGGUGCGGACCCUUCUAGGGGAGGGCAUGACCUCAUCCUCGGCGCGGAACAGGGUGCGGGCAAACGCUUCCACCUUGGCCUUGGACUCCUCGGUAGGAGGCUUCUGGGGUGUCUUGGCGGGGGUGAUUAGCAUCCCGGUGCUGCUGCUGGCGACGGUGGUGCGAGGCGCAAGAAGGCCGGCUGACUUCUUGGUGAAGCCAAGGGCAGAGGCGGCAUCGGAAACACUGGCGGCGGUGAGGGUGCGACGAGGAGAAUCCAUGGCGGCGAUGCGCUUCUUUUGAGGGGAAAGGCUUGGUGUGCCCAUGGUCGACUUCUUCUUUUGGUUGAUUGACUUGGGAGAACCGUCUGAAGUUUCCUCGGGCUGGUCGGAAUGUUGCUGGUGUUGGCGACGCGAUGAUGGAACUCUGGGAGAGGGAGUUCGGUUGGCAGCGCGGUUGGCAAUACGGGAUGACUUGCGAGGAGUGUAAGGCUCGUAGGAGUCGGAGUAGCCCAGGUGAGGGGCAGGAGGAGUUCUGACUCUGGAGCUGGGAGAAGGAGUCGCCGGGUAGGGUGGCUCCAUGAUUUCCGCCAUUGUUCGAUUGCUUUGAAUAGAGAGACAAACGUCAAUUGAAUUGGCAGUGGGGAGCAGGUGACUAUUGUCGUUGUUGUUGUUGUUGUUAUUGUGAGGGCGCAGAAUGGAGUGGGCGCGAAGUGAGGGUGCUCCCAGGCGGGAUGAAAAUGCGUGGUCGGCGGCGGGUGGUGGUACGGAUCAAAGAGAGUCGCAAGAGCCCAAGAGUCGCAAGGUGAGAGGUUGGACGGCGAGGUGAGGUUGCGUGACAGCGACAGCGAUGUUCAAAUCAACAAAUCGCGCAAGGUAGCAGGUGAUCGUGUUGAUGUUGACAGGUCAAACAAGUGACUUGCACCGGGGCAACAAACACAGCAACUCCUAGGAUUCCCUAGUAAAAUAAGAUAUGGGAGGGUUAUGGAGGAGGACUGAAGCGUUUGGCAAGUCUCAGGGUUUGACACGAUUGGAAAAUUGUGAUGCUGGAUGGAGAGGUUGGAGCAGGAAAACGGGCGGAUGCGAAGAAGGGGCUGGGACAAGUGGGACUGGGAGCCCUUGAUGAGGAUUGAUUGGACAAUAAUCUCCAUCCCAUCCCUGUCCUCUCUCUCAAGACGCGCUCUCGACGUGUCAGUCUCGCGUUUUUUGCAGCCCUGCCUGCCCAAUGGAACCCCAGCGGCCAGCCCCACCAAUUUGGCUAGCCAAUACCGCUGUAACAGCGCAUUUGUGGGGGGGGUGGUCGAACUGGACCUGCAGCAAAAACAUCAACGUCAUCCCAUGAGCCUUACCAGAAUCAGACCUACCCGCCGUCAAUCAUUAUCAAAACCGAGACACAAUCCAGCCUUACGGAUGCCACACGCUGAAAUAGAGACAUUCAAUUGACAGUCUCAGCCUUGUCCACCACCACAACCACCACAAGAACAUACAACCCCACACAAACCAAACAUCACCAUGCCCUCCCACCACCACUAUCCCUCCUCCCCCAAACUACCCCCCUCCUCAGACGAUGAAUUCUCCUUCUCCGAAGUCCAAUCCACCACCCCCUCCCGUCCACCCCCUUCUUCCCGCCAGCAAUCCCAGGUCCAAUACCCCCCCUCCAAACCAAAAACCCCCAUCACCCACAAUGCCGCCCCCUCAUCCCCGGACGACCCGGAAACAAAAGAAGCAACCCUCCAACGCGAACUCCAAGGCGUCCGUGCAAUCAACACAGCCAUCGAAUCCAUAAUCUCAACCCUCGAACGAGCAAAAGGCAACAUGGUUACCGUCUCCCAAACCGUCACCAACGCCUCCACCCUCCUCAACACCUGGACCCGCAUCCUCUCCCAAACCGAACACAACCAACGCCUGAUCCUCAACCCAAACUGGAAAGGCGCAUCAGGCGACAUAGCCGACAUGGAGCACGAAGCCCUCCUCAAACAGCAAGAAGAGGAGCGCAGAGCAAGAGAGGCAGAGAGGAGGAGGGAGGAGGCGAGGAGGAAGGCUGAGGAGGAGGAAAGAAAGCGCGCUGCUGGGACGGUGUCAGCAGGUAGUGGGACGACAAGGGGGAGGGGGUUGGCUAGGGGGACCACGACGGGAAGAGGGAGGGGGGCCGGGUUGGUUAGGAGCACCUCUUCUGCUGGGAGGACUACAACCGGAACUGGGAUUGCCAGGGGGGGGACUAGUACCUCCUCGAGAGGGACGAGCGGGAUUGGGAGGGGGGGUUUUGGGUAUGGGCGGGUUGGGGCGCCCGGGACGAGGGGGGCUAAGAAGGAGACUUGA